AUGGGUACUUGUAGUUAAGGAUAGAACAUAGAGAAUGUUAGGGGAAGUGAAAGAACAUUGAAGAAAUUAGUGGGGUAUUUUUACAGUAUCUCUAUGCAACAACAUCCAGACAUUGAUAGUUUAGUAAUUCCUAAAUUGGAGAGAUAAAAAAUAAUUUCAAGAGGAUUGAGUAAGAAUCUCAUUCAAGAAAUCGUAAUCUUUCUAAAUUCUCGCCAGAUCAGAAAUAAGGAAUAAGAUGAUUUACUAGAUCAUUUUAAUUAUGUAUACAACUAAUCUUUUAAGAAAUUGAAUGACUUUAAUACCAAUCUUGGGAAGAUGAUAUUGAUUACCUCCAUCGAAGUCUUAUUAUGUUAUAAGUCUCUUGAAAUGGGAGAGUUGACACCAGUAGAUGUGUGGUGGGUAGAAGACCACUUUUUAUGGAGGUAUUGCCAAUUAUAGGAUCAGUACAAGGUUGAAUAUGACAAUUUUUUGGAUUUUAGUUGUCUCAUCAAAUUUAUGUAUCUUUUGAAGGAGUGCACACGAAUAGAAUUGAAAAAGAUGAAUUUGGAAUUGAAAUAAUUGAUCGGUUCCAUAAAGACUGAGCAUUCUUAAUAAUAAGAAUUCCCAAACACAGCUAGAACUGCCGAUAGUUUUCGACCAUAACAGAAAAGAAUAGAUACCUUUUGA